AUGUAUGUGAAGCAGAUUAUCAUCCAAGGCUUCAAGAGCUACAAGGACCAAACGGUCAUUGAGCCCUUUUCGCCCAAGCACAAUGUUAUCGUUGGUCGCAAUGGUUCUGGCAAGAGUAAUUUCUUUGCUGCGAUUCGGUUCGUCCUGAGCGAUGCGUACACUCACCUCGGGAGAGAGGAGCGUCAAGCUCUGUUGCAUGAAGGUUCAGGUUCGGCCGUGAUGUCGGCCUAUGUCGAGAUCAUCUUCGAUAACUCGGACGACCGAUUCCCCACUGGAAAGCCGGAGCUUGUCCUUCGUCGAACCAUCGGUAUCAAAAAGGACGAAUAUACCCUAGACCGCAAGAAUGCGACCAAGAACGACGUUAUGAAUCUGCUCGAGUCCGCUGGUUUCUCACGAUCGAAUCCCUACUACAUCGUCCCUCAGGGCCGUGUCACCGCUUUGACUAAUAUGAAAGACUCUGAGCGUCUCGUGCUCUUGAAGGAAGUGGCCGGUACCCAGGUUUACGAAGCACGUCGUGCGGAGUCCCUCAAGAUCAUGCAGGAAACCAACAGCAAGCGCGCGAAGAUCGACGAGUUACUAGACUACAUCAACGAGCGUUUGGCCGAGCUUGAAGAAGAGAAGGAUGAACUGCGCAACUACCAAGAGAAAGACAAAGAACGCCGGUGCCUCGAGUACACGAUCUAUUCCCGCGAGCAGCACGAGAUCUCGAAUGUGCUUGAGAACCUCGAGGAACAACGGCAGAACGGAGUCGAGGGCGCAGACAAUAACCGGGACCAGUUUGUUGAGGGCGAGAAGGCCAUGGCUCAGAUCGAUGCGGAGAUUGCUGAGUUCCGCCAGCAGAUUGAGUUCUUGAAAGUGGAUAAGGCUCAACUGGAGGAUGAGCGCCGGGAAGCCUCCAAGUCGUUGGCGCAGAUCGAACUUCGUGCCAAGGCCCUGUCAGAUAACCAGGCUGCUGCCCAAGCGCUCAAGUCUCGCCAUGACAGCGAUCUCAACGCUGUGCAGACCGCGAUUCAAGAGCGCGAAGGGGAGCUCGAAGACCUUUUGCCUCGGUUCAAUGCUUCCAAAGACGAGGAAGACGAUGUCAAGUCCCGCCUAACUGAAGCAGAGACAUCACGUCAACGCUUGUAUGCCAAGCAAGGCCGCAACUCCCGAUUUAAGAAUAAGUCGGAACGUGACAAGUGGCUGCAAAUGGAGAUCAGAGAGACUCACAGGUCCAUUGCCAAUGUACAGGGCGUCGUUGCGCAGACUCAAGAAGAUAUCCAGGAGCUCGAAAAAGAAAUAGCUCUACUAGAGCCAGAAACUGAACGACUGCGUAAGCAGAUCGAUGGCCGUGGUGAUACUAUGCAUUCUGUCGACCAAGAGAUUCAGAACGCCAAGGAUGAGCGCGACCGAUUGAUGGACCAGAGAAAGGAAUUCUGGAGAGAAGAGGCCAAACUCGAUUCCGUCCUCUCCAGUGCCUCGCAGGAGAUGGACCGUGCAGAGCGCAGCCUUUCUCAGAUGAUGGAUAAUAACACAAGCCGCGGUAUUGCUGCUGUCCGGCGCAUCAAACGUCAACACAACCUCGAAGGCGUCUACGGUACCUUGGCCGAGCUCUUCGAUGUCAGCGACAGGUACCGAACCGCUGUUGAGGUUACCGCUGGACAGAGCUUGUUCCACUACGUCGUCGAUAAUGACGAGACUGCCACCAAAGUCCUGGAGAUCUUGCAAAAGGAAAAGGCCGGUCGUGUUACCUUCAUGCCGUUGAACCGUCUCCGAUCUAAGCCUUCGAAUAUGCCUCGCGCCAGUGACACCAUCCCAAUGCUGGACAAGCUUCAGUUUGACCCCGCUUACGAAAGAGCUUUCCAACAUGUAUUUGGAAAGACUAUUAUUUGUCCCAACUUGCAGGUCGCUGCGCAGUAUGCUCGAAGCCACGGCGUCAAUGCCAUCACCCCCGAGGGUGAUCGUUCCGACAAGCGUGGUGCUCUCACUGGUGGUUAUCACGAUUCACGUCAGUCGCGGUUGGAUGCCGUGAAGAAUGUUAGCAAGUGGAGGGAUGAAUACGAGACCAAGCGUAACCGUGGCACUGAGAUUAGAAAAGAGCUCGAGAAGCUGGACCAGCUGAUCACCAAGGCUGUUGGUGAGCUGCAGAAGCUCGAACAGCAAAAGCACCAAGUCCAGAACAGCAGCGGUCCUUUGCGACAAGAGCUUCGGAGUAAGCGGGAUCUCCUGCAGAAGAACACUGAUAGCCUCGACGCUAAGCGCCGUGCACUGCGCAAUGUCGAGUCUAACCUGGCAGCUCUUAAUGACCAGGUAAAUGCCUUCCAGGGCGAGAUGUCGUCGCCAUUCCAGAAGGCCCUGACAAAUGAGGAAGAGGCUCUCUUGGAGAGAUUGAGUGGAACCGUGCAGGAGCUCCGGAGAAAGUACCAAGAGUUGUCAAGCCAACGUAGCGAGCUCGAGGCCCGCAAGUCCGUGUUGGAGGUUGAGCUACGGGAGAAUUUGAACCCCCGCCUUGAUCAGCUACAGAACCGAGAUGUGGACGUGGCCGAAGAGGAAGUCCAGGGUAACCUGAAGGAGACACAGCGUGAACAAAAGCGCCUUGGUAAGGCCUUGGAGAAGCUCAAUGGUCGCCUCAAGGAGGUGGACUCCUCAAUUGAAGAGACUACUGCCAAGGUUGCUGAUCUACAACAGCGCAAUGCCGAUACUCGACGUGACAUGGAAGACCUGGCCCGGUCUAUCGAGAAACAUCAGAGACGCAUGGAGAAGAGCAUGCAGAAGAAGGCUGCUCUCACGAAACAGGCUGCAGAGUGUGCUGCGAAUAUCCGUGAUCUCGGUGUGCUACCCGACGAGGCCUUCACCAAAUACAAAAACACCGACUCCAAUGUGGUUGUGAAGAAGCUCCACAAGGCCAAUGAAGCCUUGAAGAAGUAUUCUCAUGUCAACAAGAAGGCCUUUGAGCAGUAUAACAGUUUCACCAAGCAGCGUGAGACGUUGACUACUCGUCGUGAGGAGCUGGAUGCCUCCCAGAAGUCCAUUGAUGACCUGAUUUCAGUUCUGGAUCAGCGUAAAGAUGAAGCAAUCGAGCGAACUUUCAAGCAGGUGUCCCGCGAGUUUGCGAAUGUCUUUGAGAAGCUGGUACCCGCUGGUCGUGGCCGCUUGGUGAUUCAGCGCAAGACUGACCACACCGCUCGCCCUGAUGAUGACCUCGACUCUGAAGACGAGGAGGCCCGGCAGAGUGUAGAGAACUACGUAGGUGUCGGUAUCAGUGUCAGCUUCAAUAGCAAGCACGACGAUCAGCAACGUAUUCAGCAGCUGAGUGGUGGCCAGAAGAGUCUGUGCGCCCUCGCCUUGGUCUUCGCCAUCCAAGCAUGUGACCCAGCGCCUUUCUACCUCUUCGACGAGAUCGACGCCAAUCUGGACGCUCAGUACCGAACGGCCGUGGCCCAGAUGCUCAAGUCAAUCUCGGACUCGACCAAUGGGCAGUUCAUCUGCACCACCUUCCGACCAGAGAUGCUACAUGUGGCAGAGAAGUGUUACGGUGUGAGCUUCAGUCAGAAGGCCAGUACGAUCGACGUGGUAUCGCGUGACGAAGCAUUGAAGUUUGUGGAGGGACAGAAGGCGUGA